ACGCCCGCGCCCCGCCCACCCAGGCCCCGCCCCCGCGGCAUGGCCGGAAGUGCGCGAGCCUCCAAGAUGGCUCCCCGGAACCAGGAAGUGAUCGCGUCCGCGGCGAAGCUCAGAAUCGGAGGCGGCCGGACCCGGCUGUGAGGUAAUGAUGCCUCCACCUUGGAUCAAGAAGCCCAGAUAGACGCCCCCGUGGCCCAGGUCGAGGAGCUGCCUGAUGCUGGCAGUGGGGUCCACCAUGGACAGGGAGUUCCCACAGCAUGAAGCCCAGCCAGCUGGCAACAUGAUAUGCAGCCUGUCAGCUCUGCACAGCCCACGGUGUGGACCCAGCGUCCAGAGCACCAUGCUACACUACCCGUGGUGGAACACCCAAUAUCCAGUCUUCUCCAGUGAAAGCCACCCUUAUAUGAACGUUGUGGGCCAAUCCUGCACAGACACCAGCUACAGCCCCAUGGCCGCCACCCCCAGCUUCCUGCCAAAGAGUGACUUUCCUCAGGAAUCCUCGUACCUCGAUGAACUCUCCAACGCCUCCAUCUUCUCCUCAUCUGUGGACUCCCUCUCGGACAUCGCGGAUACCCCUGACUUCCUGCCCGCCGACAGCCUCAGCCAGGUGCCCACCAUCUGGGACGUGAGCACCGGCUCCUCCGCCCAAGACAAGCCUACAAUUUCAUGGUCACUCUCCUCUUCAUCCCGCCUCCAGUUUCUGCCCACUGGGCCAUUUACCGGCCUUGAGGACCCUGUGUCCUCCCUCUCCAGCACCCCACUUCUCGUCAGCUACCAGUCUCAGAGUCAGCCAGAAGAGGAGGAGGAGCCGGAGGAGGAGGAUGCAGAGGAGCUGGGCCACACGGAGAUCUAUGCAGACUAUGUGCCAUCUAAGUCCAAGGUCGGGAAGCAGCAUCCAGACCGUGUUGUGGAGACCAGCACCCUAUCCAGCGUCCCACCACCGGACAUCACCUACACCCUUGCCUUGCCUUCCUCGGACAGCGGGGUCCUGUCUGCCUUGCAGCUGGAGGCCAUCACCUACGCCUGCCAGCAACACGAGGUCCUGCUCCCCAGUGGGCAGCGUGCGGGCUUCCUCAUUGGCGACGGUGCUGGCGUGGGCAAAGGGCGCACUGUGGCCGGCAUCAUCCUCGAGAACUACCUGCGGGGCCGCAAGAAGUCCCUGUGGUUCAGCGUCUCCAACGACCUCAAGUACGAUGCCGAACGUGACCUGCGUGACAUCAAUGCCCCUGACAUUGCGGUGCACGCGCUGAGCAAGAUCAAGUAUGGUGACAACACUACCUCAGAGGGUGUCCUGUUCGCUACCUACUCCGCCCUGAUUGGCGAGAGCCAGGCUGGAGGGCAACAUCGCACUCGAAUCAGGCAGAUCCUGGAAUGGUGUGGGGCAGCCUUCGAUGGCGUGAUCGUGUUUGAUGAGUGCCACAAAGCCAAGAAUGCCAGCUCCACCAAGAUGGGCAAGGCCGUGCUGGACCUGCAGAACAAGCUGCCCCUGGCCAGGGUGGUCUAUGCCAGUGCCACAGGCGCCUCUGAGCCCCGAAACAUGAUCUACAUGAGCCGCCUGGGCAUCUGGGGUGAGGGCACACCCUUCCGGACCUUUGAUGACUUUCUGCAUGCCAUCGAGAAGAGGGGCGUGGGUGCCAUGGAGAUCGUGGCCAUGGACAUGAAGGUCAGCGGCAUGUACAUUGCGCGCCAGCUCAGCUUCAGUGGUGUGACUUUUCGAAUUGAGGAGAUCCCGCUGGACCCGACCUUCGAGCGGGUCUAUAACCGUGCAGCCCUACUGUGGGCCGAGGCCCUGAGCGUGUUCCAGCGGGCAGCCGACUGGAUCGGCCUGGAGUCCCGCAAGUCCCUGUGGGGCCAGUUCUGGUCGGCUCACCAGCGCUUCUUCAAGUAUCUGUGCGUCGCAGCCAAGGUGCACCGGCUGGUGGAACUGGCCCGGGAGGAACUGGCCCGGGACAAGUGCGUGGUCAUUGGGCUGCAGUCCACAGGCGAGGCCCGGACGCGGGAGGUGCUGGAUGAAAGGGAUGGGCAGCUUGACUGCUUCGUCUCAGCCGCCGAGGGCGUCUUUCUGUCACUAAUUCAGAAGCACUUUCCUUCAACCAAAAGAAAGCGAGACAGAGGGGCCAAGAGGAAACGGCGGCGGAGGGGCCGCGGGGCCAAGGCGUGCAGGCCAGCAUACGAGGCAGCCGGUGUGAUCCGAAUCAGCGAUGACAGCAGUACCGAGUCGGAUGCUGGCCUGGACAGUGACUUCCACUCCUCCCCCGAAUCCCUGGUGGACGAUGACGUGGUCAUCGUGGAUACCAUUGGGCUUCCUGCUGACGACCGCGGCCCUCUGUGCCCCUCACAGCGGGACCCCCACGGCCCCGGCAUCCAAGAGCAGGUGGAGCGGCUGAAACAGGACCUGCUAGCCAAGGUGCAUGUGCUGGGCCGGGAGCUGCCAGUCAACACCCUGGAUAAGAUCAUAGACCAACUGGGGGGCCCUGAGCACGUGGCGGAGAUGACGGGUAGGAAGGGCCGUGUGGUGUCCAGGCCUGACGGGACUAUUGCCUUCGAGUCUCGGGCAGAGCAGGGCCUCUCCAUCGACCACGUGAACCUCAGGGAAAAGGAGCGCUUCAUGAAAGGGGAAAAGCUUGUGGCCAUCAUCUCAGAGGCCUCCAGUUCUGGAGUCUCCCUCCAAGCUGACCGUCGGGUCCAGAACCAGCGGCGCCGGGUCCACAUGACACUGGAGCUGCCCUGGAGUGCAGACCGUGCCAUCCAGCAGUUUGGCCGGACCCAUCGAUCCAACCAGGUCUCUGCACCAGAAUACAUCUUCCUCAUCUCAGAGCUGGCUGGGGAGCGCAGGUUCGCCUCCAUCGUUGCCAAGCGCCUAGAGAGCCUGGGGGCUCUGACGCAUGGGGACCGCCGCGCCACUGAGUCCCGAGACCUGAGCAAGUACAACUUUGAGAACAAGUACGGCGCCCGGGCUCUCAGCUGCGUCCUCAGCACCAUCCUGAGCCAGAUGGAGAACAAGGUGCCCCUGCCCCAGAGCUACCCAGGAGGGGACACUGCCUUCUUCCGGGACAUGAAGCAAGGCCUGCUGUCGGUUGGCAUCGGUGGGCGGGAGUCCAGGUCCGGCUGCCUGGAUGUGGAGAAGGACUGCUCCAUCACCAAGUUCCUCAACCGCAUCCUGGGGCUGGAGGUGCACAAGCAGAACGCGCUGUUCCAGUACUUCUCCGACACCUUCGACCACCUCAUUGAGGUGGACAAGAAGGAGGGAAAAUACGACAUGGGCAUCCUGGCCCAGAGCCAGAGCCAGCUGAGCAGCACGAGGCCCCGCCCUCCCGGGGGCGCCGUCUCACCUGGUGUCCUCCCCCCAGACCUGGCCCCAGGCAUCGAGGAGAUCUACGAGGAGAGCCAGCAGGUGUUCCUGGCCCCCGGACACCCGCAGGACGGGCAGGUCAUCUUCUACAAGAUCACUGUGGACCGUGGCCUGAAGUGGGAGGAGGCAUACACCAGGUCACUGGAGCUGACAGGCCCCCAUGAUGGCUUCUAUCUCUCCUACAAGGCUCGUGGCAACAAACCCAGCUGCCUCCUGGCUGAGCACAACCACAGCAAUCUCUUCACCUUGUAUAAGCCCAACAUCGGCCGGCAGAGUCAGCUGGAGUCCUUCGACAGCCUGUGCCGGAAGUUCCACCGGGUGACGGCGGAGGAGGCCAGGGAGCUCUGGGAGAGUAACUACACCCUGUCACUGAAGCACUGCAGCCACACUUCGUGGAACCGGCAAUGCCGGCUGGUGCAGGAAGGCAGGGACUGUGUGCAGGGCCUGAGGCUGCGGCACCACUACAUGCUGUGCGGGGCACUGUUGCGCGUGUGGGGCCGCAUCGCUGCUGUCAUGGCUGAUGUCACCAGCAGCAGCUACCUGCAGAUUGUUCGCCUCAAGACCAAGGACAAGAAGAAGCAAGUUGGCAUCAAGAUCCCAGAGGGCUGUGUGCCCCGUGUGCUUCAGGAGCUGCAACACAUGGACGCAGACGUGAAGCGCAAGAAAGCGCAUGGCCAGGGCUUCCCUGUGCCGUCACCCGCCCUGUGCCCACUGGCACUGCCCUGUGGUCCUGGAGAGGUCCUGGACCUCACGUACAGCCCACCAGCCCAGGUCUUCCCACCACCCUCGCCCUUCGCCUUUCCACUGCCCCAGGACCCUGCGCCCACUCUGCUCCUGGGUACCCCGGAUGCUCCAGCUGACCCUGCUACCCUCGUGCACGAGGGCUGCGACAUCAACUUCAAGGAGGUGCUAGAGGACAUGCUGCGUUCUCUCAAUGCUGUGCCGCCCCCAGAGCCCCCUGGCCCCCUGGGAGGCGGUGCAGGGGUGCCAGGGGGUGUGGGGGGGCCCGAGCGGCAAAGCGUCAUCCAGUUCAGCCCCCCCUUUCCCAAUUCCUAGGCCUGAGCUGUGCCCCAGCCAGGUGUUCUUCCUGGAUGAAACUUCUCUGUAAUACACCACAUCUACACAGAUACGGUCUAGUACCAAAGUGGGUGGUGAGCAGGGCUCCGGUCCUGCCAACUACUGAAAGGAAGGGGGGCUCGGGUGCCCCUCAUCCAGCUAAACAAGGCCUCCACUGCAGUGCCUUCCUGGUCGGUGCCUGGGCAGAUCCGAGAUGCUGCCACCCUGCCCAAUGCGGCAGCAGGUGUGUAUGUCCCACUCAGGGCUCGGGCAGGGCCUGGGGGUGGAGCUGCCCUCUAUGUGCCUCUCCCAUCCUGCCCUCCA